UUACAGUUACAGUUUUUCUUCAAAGUAAUAUUGUUUUAUUGUUGAACAUUUUUUUGUAUAGCACGACGCAUGAUUACGUAGAAUAUGUCGCGUUUGAAUCGGGGUUAGCGUGCCAAGUGAACCUCAUUUUCUGGUAUUGACCAGGUAGUCAUGGUGCCUCGUUACACCGCCAUCUUGCAAUUGUCGAUGGAAGCGUUUCGGCGCGAUUCUUUUUCUCGCAAUAAAUCAGAGAAAAUUAGUUAAAAAAAUAUAAUUGUUUGUUUUUACAAUUUUUAUCACAUUGUUAAAUGGGAAUGAAUAGGAAUAGCAUGAAUAGGAAUGCAUAUUUCUGUAUGAAUGCUGACAUGGCUUUCGUUACGUGUCUAACGAAAGGGAAAUUUGAAAGAUAUUAUGCUUUUUCAAAGCUCAAUAGCUAACGCGAAGGUCUCGUGCAAUUCUGUAGAUUAAUCGCGUUUAUCUUCCGUGUAAUCGAAUGCAAUGGUUGCGAGCAAACUUGGGCCGAAUAAAUUGGCCGACUGCCAACUAGAUUAGCAAACUAAGUCCACGUGUUUCACGUCGUCGUAAAACUCACCAGCCAUCGGCUGUUUCAUUUUGCCGGCAGCUUUUUCUUUCACUUUAAAAGAAAUCAAUCUCACAAUUGAGCAUUUAAUUUUCAUUGUUGUCUUUAUGUGCGUAUCCGGCUAGCGUUAUGCUGCCACCCAGCGACUCGCCCUUGAACUAGAAUAUUUUGGGGUUGAUAGCAGGCAUGAAUAAAUUGCCCAUUAUCAGUCGGCAUCAAUGCAAUUACAAUAAACAAUUGUUCGAUACAUUAUCUUUUGUUUCAAUCAUGUAUUUAUUUUUAUUUGUUUUCUUUUAUUUUAUAAGAGAAAAAGAAAGGUAGAUUUUUCAAUGUUAUCACAUAUCAUCUAUAUAACUGUUGUUUCAACAAGGUUUUGAGGAUAUCGAUCAGACGUCCAAACUUAUUUCCUCCGACUUAAAAAAAAAACUUUUGCAUAAUUUAAUUCCAAUGUCUCUUUUUAUUGGAACUGAAAAAUAAAUAGAAGAUUGAUGAAAAGAUAUCUUGCAAUUUCUUUUAAAUUUUUUUCUUUUUCAAAGGAAGAUAUUUUUUAUUGGGUAUCUCAGUAAUUCGAAAUUUAGAUUAAUCAGAAGUUAAUGUAAUUAAACGUUUAACUUAUUGUUAGUACUUGGAACAAAAUGACCAAUUAAAAUUUUUUUAAUCUACGUUUUGCCUAAAUGAUUAUUUAUAUUACGCUUAUUAUUAGUUCUAAAGUAAUAUGUGAGUGAGGAAAACAUAUGAGAAAAAAAUGAAAACGAAAGAUAAAGAGUUGUUUACGAAUCACACAACGCAGGAAAGGUUAAUUAUCUAGAACAGCAUGUCGGUCUGUUCACGCAACCUUCUACAGAAUCGAGGUUAUCCUACUGCCCCUGUUUACUCUGAAUGUUACAUCCCCGCGACUCGCCUUGACUGUCCAUCGACAAUCCGACACUUCACUAGCGUCGCGUGGUCUGCGGUGCUGCCACCAAGCUUUCUUCGAAACUUAGGAACAUGGUGCGCGGGUGUAAAGGGGGUAGUAGUACGUAAGAAGCGAGGGCAGCGUAUUCACGCGAAGGAAUUAUAUCAAUCAGAACAUUGUGGCAUCCGGACUUUUUAUUGGUCUCUCCCCGCUAAUUUUUAUUCUUAUUAUGAAUCUUAUUAUCUUAACUACGCCAUUCAACGAUCAUUCAUCAGAUCGAUUUAUGACAACGGUGGACUUAUUCACCAACAAUCGAGUGUGUUUUUAUUUGCACAAUAUAUGUGAAGUCGUGGUUACGGCUUGGUGUUAACAGGAUUUCCUUCCUUUUAAUUGAAUUCUAGUGAUACUCCCCUGUGCGUCUCCUCCAGUCUCGAUUCGCUUAUCACAUUAAUCAGUUUCCGUUCUUUUCACUCGAUAUGCCGUAAACGUGUCGUCACACUCGUCACCACCCAACCCAACCCAACCCAACCCUUUCCCAAUUUCUGUACCUCGUUGCAUCGCACCUUGUAUACGUACCGCGGUGCUGCCAUCGCACGGCGUAAUAGAAGCGUAUCACUAGAACAGUGGGACGCGGAGGGUGUUGCAUCGCGUCUUGUCGAGUGAGUCGACACGAUUGCGAGACAGAAGUAGGAUCUCCAGCAUCUCAGCAUCAGUGUUGUCGUCGUGCACGUUGUCGUGCGCGUUUUCCUCUUGAGAGCCACUCCUUGUCGUUUUCUUGGUGCGUCCUCUUCCCUAAUUUUUGUCCUCGGCCGCGCGACACAAUCCUUCCCGGAAAUCAGAUGAGUGGCGUGUGCGAGUCAGGGUAAAAGGGAUAGACAAAUUGGUCAGUAGUGGCGUGUGCAUGAGGCCGGGCAAGCCGGCGUACCGGGUUCCGUCCCGGCUACGCGGCGGUAAGUUCUCGGACCCUUCGUCGCAGUCAUUUUCGUCGCGUUCGCAGAGCGCGCCGCGAACCGGUGAUCAUAACGCCGAGCGGAAGAAAAGCCGUCAGUCGGUGUUAACUGAGGGCAAGCAAAAGGUGCGCGGGAUUGUCGGCAGGGGCAGCCACGGAGGUCGGAGAAGUGGAGUCAUCGCGGGUGGCGAUUAUCGCGGGUUUGAAUGGGUGGGCCGGGCGCCGGUAGGGUUACCAGGCACGAGCUGAACGCGGUGCCCCAGAGCCACGUCGGUCACGGGGAACGUGCCCUUGGCGAGCCACCAGCAUCAGGCUGCCGCUGUCACCCUCCGGAGCGAGUGUCAUCUGACAGUGCCGUCCGUUCCUCCGCUCAGUUACCACCCUCGCCGCCACCGCUUACCUCUUUACAUAUCGACAACAACAACGGCACUGUGUGCGCUGUCAUCAGCGCCAACAACAACAACAUCAACACUAAAAAUCCGAGUGAUCGCAAAGCUAAGAAGGCGGCCGCCAUGUCUUCACCGCCGAAACAUCGCAGGGGCUUCGACCCCAAUGAUCCAGCGCUGGAAUAUCACCGCUAUCGUCGAGUUAAGACGAAGCAGCGAGGCUUUGUAUGUCCCACAUCGUGUGACCUUCGGCGCCGGACACAGACCUCCCCGAGAAUCCCCGACACAUCCACCAGCACAAGGCAUUAUAAAACACACACAAGCUUGCGAUGUUCGAUGUUGGACUGCUUACUGGUUGUACCCCCGCCGCUAUAAUGCGACGAAAGUACGAUCGUUGUGAGAAUAAAAAAAAGAUAUAUAUUUA